GUCUUCUCCGCUUUUCAUUCAACAUCCAAGAUGGCCACGACGGAGGUUCGGCUCAAUCACACGAUCUACAUCAACAAUUUGAACGAGAAAAUUAAGAAAGAUGAGUUGAAGAAGUCUCUGUAUGCCAUCUUCUCACAGUUUGGCCAGAUUCUGGACAUCUUGGUGGCACGUACUUUGAAAAUGAAGGGUCAGGCCUUUGUCAUCUUCAAAGAGGUGAACAGUGCCUCCAAUGCGCUCAGAUCCAUGCAAGGAUUCCCAUUCUAUGACAAACCCAUGCGCAUCCAGUAUGCCAAUCAAGAUUCGGACAUCAUUGCCAAAAUGAAAGGCACUUAUGUAGAGCGCGAUCGUAAGAAGGAGAAGAAGAAGCCCGUAAAGCCAGAGUCGAGCGGUAACAAGAAGGCGUCGGCUGCCGCCAUGGGUGGAGGCGUGCCUGGAGCCAUGGCAGGAAUGACUCAGAUGAACCAGGGGGGCCGCAUGAUGCACAUGCCAGGACAGCCGCCCUAUAUGCCCCCACCGGGCAUGAUGCCACCCCCUGGAAUGGCGCCUGGUCAGAUGCCCCCUGGUGGCAUGGGUCAUGGUCAGAUGAUGCCCGGACAGAUGCCCCAGCAGGAAAAUCCUCCCAAUCACAUCCUCUUCCUCACCAACUUGCCCGAGGAGACCAACGAGCUCAUGCUGUCCAUGCUCUUCAACCAAUUCCCGGGAUUCAAGGAAGUGCGCCUGGUGCCCGGCCGGCAUGACAUCGCCUUCGUGGAGUUUGACAACGACGUGCAGGCCGGCGCCGCACGAGACGCACUGCAAGGGUUCAAGAUCACGCAGAGCAACGCCAUGAAGAUCUCCUUUGCCAAGAAAUAGCACGUCUUUUUGUCGCUCCCUCGCACAGGUCUGUUUAUCGCUAGGACACAAACUGAGAAUUUUUUUAAUAUGCUGUUUUCCCAUUCCUUACUCUUAAGUGUUUGUUUUGUUUGGUUUGUGUGAAAGCAUUGCACCCAGCGUCUGGUCAGACAUCACACCUGGAGCUUCUUAUUUUUUUGCAAUAAACACGAACUUUCUCAGAGAAAAUGUUCUGCCUCAUGAU